AUGUCGGUCGUCCUGACGAGAUCGGACACGACCUUCAGUAGUGCCUCGGGAGCAAGUGACUCCAUCUCUGGCGAGUCUGUUGACUCUUGCACGCCCUCGACUCCGCCGCUUGGCUCGGAGACACCUUUCGUAGACAUGUCACUCUCAUCGUCAGAAGACUCUGCAUCUUCAGCAUCAUCCAUCAUACAACCCAUCUCACCUCCGGCUCAUGCUCUGACCCUACAGUCCCCUUUCACGAACGCCAAGGCGAAUCAUCUCGCAGGCUUCAAUCUCGGCGGUGGUGCGCUGAGCGAAGUCUCGAUCACCAAUGAGACGGCACUCGCAGAGUUGUCACGCUCGCAAGCGCUGACCUCUCCUCGCCUGAGCGCGUCUCAGCAUGCAGCGGCCAGAGCUCAGCCGAGCGUGCAGUCUGACCUGUCAAGCAAAUCGCCCGGGAACGCGUACACAGGCGGGCAAGAUGCGCCGGCACGACCCUAUAGACUCUCGCGAGCUGCGACGACCGGCCGCGCACGCGCGCAAGAUCGCUCGCCCAGUCCAAAUUCGCCGGCUUCCUCUUCUGUCAUCUCGCUAGCGCAGGAGCUACCCUCGCCGACGGUGCAUCGCGACAGCGACACUGCCAACCUCAUCACGCGCUCAGAUACCAUGACGACACUCACGGGCGAUCGCACGGCGAUGGCGCCCAUGUCGCCAGGUGCAGCGAGUCGCAGUCAACCGUUCCUCUGGUCACGAUCACAGACUGAGCGCCAUCUGCCGACGCUCGCGAGUAUCUCCCAGACGAUGGCUCAAGAGCAGGGACAGGCAGAGUCAAUGGCACGCUCCCGAUCAGCCGGCAAUGGACCUCAGCCUGCCGUCCGUCGACGCCAUGAGUCGCUCAUGCCCGGCUCGUCUGCCGGUCUGGCUGCUAGCAAUGUUGCUCGACAAGCAAACGUCAGGCCGCCUCUGUCAAGUUCGCUCGCUUCGCCGCCACCGAAGUCUUCUAGUAGCGUUGGCGGCUUGAGACCAAGGCGUGCCACUUUGCAGCUGCCCGAAUCCGGCACAAGCGGCUCCUUCGCUUCGAGUCUAUCUAGCAAUGACCCUGCGCCUAGAUUGACAGCGCCCACUCGCGAUGCGAUGCUUGGCUCCACUUCCUCGAACAUGGUGGAGGCCAAAGUUGUCAUUCUAGGCUCCCAAGGCGUUGGCAAGACGUCGCUCGUACAUACGUAUAUACACGGCGAAUUUUCAAAUGCUUCAAUGUCAACCAUUGGCGCUAGCUUUGCAACCAAGAAGAUCGUGAUCGAUGAUGUGCGCGUGCGCCUGCAAAUAUGGGAUACAGCAGGCCAAGAACGCUUUAGAAGCAUGGCGCCGAUAUACUACCGAGGAUCGCAGGCCGCGGUGCUGGUUUACGACAUCACCAACGAAGAAAGCUUCUGGGACGUGCGAAGGUGGCUCGACGAGCUCAAUGGCAAUACAGAUGGGCCAAUCGUUAUUCACAUCGUAGGGAGCAAGCUCGAUCUUGCCCACAACGGCAAGCGCGCGGUCGACCUCGAGACGGCGCGGAGAAUUGUCAAUGAGUGGGCGGCAGCGAGUCCACCAGCGCGCUCGCCGAUUCAAUCUGCAUUUGCACGUCCAGCCCCGGUUCACCGCAGAAGCGCGGACAGCAGCCUAGAUCGAGAUCAGGACAGAACACGCGCCGGCCUGACCUUCGGCUUCGGACUCAACACUCGAACAAACAGCUCGACGAGCACAAAUACAUCAACCUCGGAAGCCAAUGCGCGCGAUCGCAAAUGGUGCCAAGUUGAUGUCAGCGAAGUCAGCGCUGUCACUGGGGAAGGCAUUGAGGACAUUUUCCUCACAAUCACGCAGCGCGUCGUGGAACGGCAAGAAGUCAUGGAAGCAGAACGUCGUGGCGAACGACGCGGAUCGAUACUGCUCACUGACGAGGUGCAGACGGCCGGCGGGCCUGGCAAAUCUGCCCUCUUUGGCGCCUGCUGCUAA